CGACCUGGCAACCCUGUUCUCUGAACUUCAGACAUCCGGAAGUGAAUAAGUGAUCUCAUCGCAAAACCCAGUUGCUAAACUGCAAGUGUGGUUUGAGGUCGGCGUUCCAUAGUAAACAGCCGCACAAACAUGACAUCAACAAGGACUGAAGGAGCCAGACAAAAAGCAAUUUCGUAGUUGGCAUCAACUAGCUAGUGAUACCGGUCUUAAGCGUUCUCUUUUCACCAAUCAUAGCUAGAGAUGUUCUACUAGCAAUUAGCUAAAAAAAUGCAGGUAUGUUCUGUAUUAUAUUUUGCACUGCCCAGGACGAGCAAUCUAAUUAGGUAGCUACUAUACAGUAGUAAUUGAGCCGUUAACGUUAGCAGGUUAUGCUAAUUUAGCUAACUGGCUAGUUAGUUGCUAGCUAAUGUUAAUCAAGUUCAACGUAACUGUUUAACCAUCGAAAAGGCGUUUACUAGUUACGUUAACUAGCUAAAAGUUAGUAGAAUUUGCACGACUUUGACAUUUGCCCAAAUUGCAGCCCGAAAUAAAUUGUUACUUUGUUUGUUUUGUUUAAGCUAACUAACAAUACAUAGCCCGCUAGCUAAGUUAACUAAGCCUGCUAACUAGCUAGCGAACCAGCUUGCUAACGCCAACCGCGUAUAUUCGACUAUCUAGCUUGUAAUAAUCCUCCCUCCGCUUCAAGAGAAGCCGACAGGGGACAUGAAGCGGAUGAGUUGUGCCACCAUCAACAAUUUGUCAUACAAAAUAUUUUCCCUUUGCCUCUUGUUCAUUUAUUGGAGAGAAGCUAAAGGUCUCAUCAUUACAGUCAACACACAUGAACCAGCUAGGUCUGUGUGAAUAAUAACAACACUCCGUUGAGUGUUGGACGCUAAAGAAUCACCAUGGCUGUGGCCAACACCACCAAAACAUCAUGGCGAUUACAGGAGAUUGUAGCCCACUCCAGUAAUGUGGUGUGUCUGGCACUGGGGAAGAACUCAGGCCGUCUGCUAGCCACUGGGGGAGAGGACUGCCGAGUCAACAUCUGGGCAGUCAGCAAACCCAACUGCAUCAUGAGUCUGACAGGACAUAAUAACCCAGUGGAGUGUGUAAAGUUUAAUAACUCUGAGGAGCAGGUGGUGGCUGGCUCACAGUCCGGAUCACUGCGCGUAUGGGACCUGGAGGCUGCAAAGAUCCUAAGAACUCUAAUGGGACACAAGGCUAAUAUCUGCAGCUUGGACUUCCACCCAUUUGGGGAAUACCUGGCAUCUGGUUCCAUGGACACCAACAUCAAGCUGUGGGAUGUACGGAGAAAGGGCUGUGUGUUCAGGUACAAGGGUCACACUCAGGCAGUGAGGUGCCUGGCCUUCAGUCCAGAUGGGAAAUGGUUGGCCUCUGCUAGUGAUGACAGCACCAUCAAGCUGUGGGACCUGACUGCAGGGAAGAUGAUCACAGAGUUCACAGCACACACUGGAGCCAUCAACAUCAUCCAGUUCCACCCCAACGAGUAUCUGCUAGCGUCAGGCAGCUCUGACCGGACCAUCAAACUGUGGGAUCUGGAAAAGUUCAAGAUGAUUGGCUCUUCAGAGGGAGAGAUGGGACCAGUCAGGUGUCUGGCCUUUAACCUGGAUGGCUGCUGUCUGUAUAGUGGAGCUGUGGACUCUCUCCGUGUGUAUGGCUGGGAGCCCAACCGCUGCUUUGAUGUGGUGCCAGUGGGCUGGGGCAAGGUGGCAGACCUGGCUAUCUGCAACCACCAGCUGAUUGGCGUGUCGUACAAUCUGACUAAUGUUUCGUCCUACGUGGUGGAUUUGACGCGGGUGAAGAAGUCUGGCUCUGUGAUCCAAGGCGUAAUCCAGGACGACCAGCCACUCACAGAGCCCUCCCCGAAAGGAUCCACGCUGCGACGCAACUACGACCGACCCCUGACCACCUGCAGCACACAGAGGGUAAAGCAGAGUUCUGAGUCAGACCGCCGCAGCCCCGAGGGGGAGAGGAGGAGCCCCAGUAGCGAGGACGAGAAGGAGUCCUCCGCCGAGAUCCGUAACCCUGAGGACUACAAAGAGAUCUUCCAGCCAAAGAGCGCCAUCUCUCGCACCCCCCCAAAGAGUGAGCCCUUCCCUGCCCCCUUGGAAGAUGAGAGUUUUGUGGUGAGGGCUAACCAGGGGCUGGUGGAGUUCAUGACUCCUAUGACUGACAGACAGCAGCCCGGCCUGUUGUUAAACCUUCCUGUGGCAUCGUCCACUCCGGUCCUGAGGGUGGAGCCUACCAUGGUCGCCACGGCGCCCCGUCCCAUCCCCGUGGUAACCACACGACCUCCGACCUCUAACCACCCCCCCGCACCCCACCCAGCCCCCCCACUGGUCAUUGCUAUGGCGAAGGCCAAACCCCAGCCCAGCGUCAUCCUCUCCACCAGGAAUGAACCGAUAGGACUCAACGUGGGAGAUUUCCUGCCUCCUGCUCGCAACAACCGGCCCAGUGCGCUGGGUGAUGACGAGGCUCUGGCCCAGAUCAGAAAGGGCCAUGACACCAUGUGUGUGAUGCUCACCAGCCGACACAAGAACCUGGACACCAUCAGAGCUGUGUGGGGCAGCGGGGACGUUAAGACCUCCUUGGACUCGGCCGUCUCGAUGAAGGAUCUCUCUAUCGUCGUGGACAUCCUCAACAUCGUUAACCUCAAACCGUCUCUAUGGAAACUGGACUUGUGUACCUCUAUCCUGCCCCAGAUUGAAGAGCUGCUGCAAAGCAAGUAUGAGAGUUACGUGCAGACGGGUUGCACCUCUCUGAAGCUGAUCCUGAAGCGUUUCUGGCCUCUCAUCUCAGACACGCUGACAGCGCCCCCCUCUGUUGGAGUGGAUAUAACACGGGAGGAACGCCACCAGAAGUGCAAGGCAUGCUACAAGCAGCUGAAGAACCUCAGCAACGUGGUGAAGAACAAGGCCGACCAGGUGGGACGCCACGGCAGCGCCUUCAAAGAGCUGCAGCUGCUCCUGGCCCCACUGGACUACUGACAGUUGACUAUGCAACUGGAGACGCACAGACCCCAAAUGGCUGAGCACUGCUGUGAGGACUCAAGUCUGACUGACAGCUGCAUUCUCUCAUCCACCCGAGUGGUAAAUCCGGGGACAAUCACAGAUUCACACUGCUUGUGGAUGGACUGAAGCAGAGACAGGGUGGGAUAUGAGUCCUGUGUAUCCAGAAGGAGUCCAUGUUAGAGAUCACUGUGUAGGUGUGUUUUCAGGGCGUAGCUCUAUUUAAACACGGGGCACUUAUGAUUCCUUAAUCUGUAUUUGUCUGUGUAUGAGUAAUUAUGUCCUCUGUAACCUUGACUGGCCGAGCACACACACUUUAAUUCCACAGACCUGACUAGGGCCGGGUUUCAAUCCGAUCGUAGGUUAUAGGCAUUGCGGCUUUUAAAGGUAAUGUUCAAGGAAAUCCUAUUCACAGUAAAAGCUGCACAUUUUCGGCUCAGAAAUCGCCUUUAAAAGCCGUAAUGCCUAUAACCUACGAUCGGAUUGAAACCCGGCCGAAUUUACUGUGUGAUUUAAAUUUUCUACAUUCUGUCCCUGAGAUGUCAACCCUAGAUGCACUCUUUGAAAGUAGUUAACACUAAAAUAACAUGUUUUUCAAAUAAAGGAGUCUAGUUGUA